AUGAGUGGCAAUCAAACAUCCGAGGGAAAAGAGCGCCCGACAAAGGCAGGAAAUGACAGCGACGAAGAGGAGGAGGAUGUGUUCCACGAUGCGCGAUUCCCCGCGGAGGAGGAAGCCGAACUGAUCAAAGAAUCCCAUUCCAUAAAAGCCGAAGCGAACCAACUCUUUACGGCUGCCUCCUACGACCAAGCGAUCUCUUGCUACGACCGUGCCUUAGCCUCGUGCCCUAGCUAUCUCGACUACGAAGUCGCCGUUCUCCGAAGUAACAUGGCCGCAUGCUAUCUGAAGCUCGAGGACUGGAAAGCAUCGGUGGACACUGCGACCGCGUGUAUCGACUGCUUGGAUCGUGUGCUCCCGCCAUCAUCCACGACGGACACAACAGAGAACACGAAGAAGACACCGUCCCACGAGUCGAUAGACGAAGUGGUGGAGAUAACCGGCGACGAGGAGGAAGAGCAGAAGGAGCUACAGCGCUUGCAGGACCAAGAUAAAAAGAAACAGGAUGUCAUGCGGAUUCGAGCGAAGGCGCUGAUGCGACGCGCGCGGGCCAAAUCUCAACUCGGCGGAUGGGGCAAUCUCCAAGGGGCCGAGGAGGAUUAUAAGCUAUUGAAUAGUCUGGACAACCUGCCGCCGGAGGAUAAACGGGUGGUUCAGCGGGCUCUGCGAGAGCUUCCCGAGAAGAUCAACAAGGCACGGGAAACAGAGAUGGCGGAUAUGAUGGGGAAACUUAAAGAUCUGGGCAAUGGGAUCCUCAAGCCAUUUGGAUUGUCCACGGAUAACUUUCAAUUUACGCAGGACCCCAAGACUGGGGGAUACAACAUGAAUUUCCAGUCGUGA